CUGCUCCGCGCGGCUGCGCUCGGCGCGUGCUUCCGGGCGGCAGCACCGCCCCGCGCGGGCCGGCGGGAGCCGCGAUGGGGGAGCCGGGCCGGGGCGCGGCGGGAGCGCUGCCCCUCCGCCGCCUGGCGCAGCCGCUGCUGCGGCGGCUCAGCGAGCUGCUGGACCGAGCGGUGCCCGGCCGGGGCUGGCGGGACCUGGCGCAGCGCGCGGGGAGCCGCGGCACGGUCCGGCUGAGCCCCUCGGAUUUAGAGCAGUGUUCCCUCAAAGUCCUGGAGCCAGAAGGGAGCCCCAGCCAGAGCCUCCUGAAGCUGCUGGGCGACCGCGGCUGCACGGUGGCGGAGCUGGUGGAGCUGCUGCAGGGCCUGGAGCACACGGAGGCUCUGCAGUGCCUCAGCCUCGCAGGUAUAAAGAUUGUGGUGCAGCCAGACUCUCAAGCAGUGCUCGCUGGUCAGGUCGUCAAGCUGUGUUGUUGGGCAACGGGACACCCAUUUGUGCAUUACCAGUGGUUCAAGCAGGAAAAAGAGAUUCCCCAUGGUACCUCUCCAGAGCUGGUUUUGAAUCCGGUGAACGUAAACGAUUCUGGCUUUUACAUCUGUCGAGUGAACAGUGAAUCUUCCUUCGUGUUCAGUCGGUGGGCACGGCUUGAAGUUUGUGAUGUCCAGGGUGCCUCUCAUGAGGGCUUCAUUGGUUUGCCUGAAAACAAGUUGCACAUAUGUAUUCAGCCCCAACUGCAAAACCUGACAGUGGGGGAUGCUUUGGUACUAGAAUGUGGCGCCGUUGGAAACCCAAUUCCUCAUUACCAGUGGUUCAGAAAUGGAUUUCCCUUGGCAAAUGGGAGCAAAAACAUCUACACGGUGACUUCCGUGGAUGUGGAACAUCAGGGGACAUACUGGUGCCGUGUAUUCAAUGACCGGGAAGAUCAAGACAGCGAGAAGAUAGAAGUCAUUAUAGGAAGGAAAGCUAUGGCAGUGGAGUGCACAGAAGAAGAGCUAAGUGAUCUUCAAGAACCAGCAGACCUGCUAGAGCGAUCAAAUCACAGACCUGUUGCAACAGACAAGGUAGCUCUGUUAAUAGGAAAUAUGAGCUACUGGAAUCACCCCCAGCUGAAGGCUCCGAUGGUAGAUGUCUAUGAACUGACCAAUUUGCUAAGACAGCUGGAUUUCAAAGUUGUUUCUUUGCUGGAUCUUACUGAGUCUGAGAUGCGAGAUGCAGUGGAUGAAUUUUUACUUCUCCUGGACAAAGGAGUAUAUGGUUUGUUAUACUACGCCGGCCAUGGCUACGAAAACUAUGGAAACAGCUUCAUGGUUCCUGUCGAUGCUCCAAACCCCUACCGAUCUGCAAACUGUCUGUGUGUGCAGAACAUCCUGAAGCUAAUGCAGGCAAAAGAGACGGGACUCAACGUGUUCCUGCUGGAUAUGUGUCGGAAAAGAAAUGAAUAUGAUGACACAAUUCUUAUCUUAGAUGCUCUGAAGGUUACAGCCAACAUCGUUUUUGGAUAUGCAACGUGCCAGGGAGCAGAAGCUUUUGAAAUUCAGCAGUCGGGUUUGGCCAAUGGAAUCUUCAUGAAGUUCCUGAAGGACCGUUUGCUGGAAGACAAGAAGAUUACUGUACUGCUUGAUGAGGUUGCAGAAGAUAUGGGCAAGUGUCACCUUACCAAAGGCAAGCAAGCUUUGGAGAUCCGCAGCAGCCUGUCUGAGAAAAGGGCAUUGACUGAUCCCAUCCAACAAACCGCAUCUUCUGCAGAGUCUCUGGCACGGAACCUGCAGUGGGCCAAAGCUCACGAGCUUCCAGAAAGUAUGUAUCUUGAAUUCAAAUGUGGUGUUCAGAUUCAGUUGGGGUUCGCAGCCGAGUUUUCCAAUGUCAUGAUAAUCUACACGCGCAUAGUAAAGAAGCCACCUGAGAUAGCGGUUUGCAGAGCCUACGUCACAGACUUCGCGCUCGACCUGGAUGUGGAUCCUAAAGAGGCCAACAAAGGCACUCCUGAGGAAACUGGGAGCUAUCUAGUGUCCAAGGACCUUCCCAAGCACUGCCUCUACACCAGGCUAAGUUCACUGCAGAAACUAAGGGAACACUUGAUCUUCACUGUUUGCUUGCACUAUGAGUAUCCAGGAAUAGAAGAUACAAUGGAUGAAAGAAAGGAAGUUAAUGUUGGGAAGCCCCUUAUUGCUAAAUUAGGCCUUCAUCAUGGAUUCAAAACCAAGAACUGCCUCCAGACCUGUUGCGUGGCUAAUAAUCCUUUUCAUAAUCAGAUGGAAUCAAGUCCAGUGGCAAGUCAAUACUACAUCCCUAGUCAUUGCCAACCAAAUUCCUGUCCAGGCGUUUACCAUCCAAACCGUAUGUGCGCGGGCAACAUCAGACAGCUGGAGGCAUGUUCUUGCAGCGGGACUUCAAGGAUAUUGGCUACCAGACAUGAAGUACAGAAUGACUCCCGCCCUGUGGGAAAGAGUAACGUACCAGUGGAGACCACUGAUGACACUGUUGAACUGGAAUUCCUUCUCUCCAACAGCCUCAGGUUCCCUGAGCAGCAGCAGCCGUGACGUGUUGGGGCAUCGCCCUGAGCAGGGGACCUGCCGCGCUGGCUGCCUGCCUGCCUGGCUGGCUGUCUGUCUGCUGGAGUUCGGGACAGAGGGACUGGGUGGUCUGGAGGUGGGACCAGGAAUGAGAUCAUGACCAAAACUUUUCAGAUGCAGAGAGACAAAACUGGACUGAGAGAUUUAGGAGUGGAAAAGGCAUGGGUUUUAUGUUUUUCUCCUACCAUUUGACAUUUGUUACAGGGAAGUACCUGAACUCUGUUUCCCAUUCCAUUCUCUGGCGGGCCAGCUGACGAGCUCCGGCAGUCAUGAAUUUCUGGGAGGGAGCUGUUAGGGGAUGAGUGCAGAAAAUCCUGGCUGUGGUGGGUUCUCUUGAGAUAGUAAAGGCUUGGAUCCUCCCAGCUGCUCCUCCAGUACCUGCGGGAGUUACAACAUUGACCGUAAAUCUAUUUUUCAUAAAUCUUCUGUUUUCAGAGAGGAACUGCUCGUCCUGUACAGAACCAAGAUAAACGUGUAGCUGUCAGAGGAGAAAAUGUUGCCAGAAUUAAGCAGGAAGAUGAAUUUUCAUGUCCUCUACAAUUUAACAUGAUUUUAAAAAAUCCAUUAGCUCCAAAAUGGUAAAUGUACCUUUCUUUCUUCCAUCUUUCCGUUUCAGGGGUUUCUUUUUACAUAACUGUAUUAAAAUUAUGUGUUUAUAUAUGUUGUAACAGCCUCCUAUUGAAAAUGUAAAAUGAGCGAAGGGGGAGCUUUUACAGAAGUGACUGUAUCGUGUUUUAAUACUGCAGUGUUCAGAACGUGUCUCCUGGAGGCCUCAGGUUCCCUCCCUCCCGGUGUCUGUAUCAGACCCGGCUCCGACACUCGGGUCCCUGGGGGCAGCUGGACCCCGGCUGGACCGCGUGCCCCGGCGCCGCGGUCAGCGCGCAGAGCUGCGCCGGAGCCAGGAGCCAGGAGCCAGACCUGGGCUCAGUGAGCAGACAAACGUCGUCACUUUUUUUCGUUUUCCUUUUUUUUUGCUUUUUUUUUAUUAUUAUUUUUUUUAAGAGAGCUACGGAUUAUCAGAGGGAGCGAAGUCACAAUUCAUACUGCCCCGGGUUGUUUUCAUUAUGAUCAUGUCUCUUUUUAGUAACACAUCUGAGAUUUUCGCUGAUCUGAUUUCUGGAAAGGUGGUCUUUUCAUGUUCUGGAAGAACACUAAACGGAAAUAGGGGGGAAGGUGCCUGUUCAUAGAAAGCGAAGUAUUGUAAUUGCUUCUGCCCUGGUAAUGCUGAUAAGCAGUAUUGCUUUCAUUAACAUCCCUGUCAUAAGUCAUUUGUUUUACGUUAGAGAAAUUACUGUAGCAGUUUCCAUUAAGCAGGUAGCAAAAGCUAGACAGGCUGAGUCCCUGCUGCGGUGGACAAGCCAGUCAGAAGGCUCAGCUGAGGUGCCGGAGGGACCGGCGGACGUGGGGCUGGGCGCAGGCGGUGCUCGUGCAGCGUUAGCGUCUCGUCUUCAGGCUGGCCUGUGCUGGAAGGUGGAGGUAUGUCCGUGGGGUUUAAUGCAGUUAUUCCCAAAUGACAGCCACGCUUGAGGUGAUCUGCAAUGAGCCUGAGUGUCUGACGUUCUCCUUUGGAGGGUAUUGAAUAGUGAAAUACUUAUUGAUGGGUGAGAUGUGCCUGUGCAUUAAUUAUCCUGUGUAAUUGACUUAGAAAUGUGGCGAGAGACAUGACCUAGUACGGUAAUAUUUAGCUGAUACUUUGUCACAGUUUUCUAAUUUGUAUGAAAGCUUAUUCUGUUUCUUACUGUAUAAUAAACUGUUGCUCACAAAAUUA